CUCAACUUGACAUCUUUACCUUCCACAUCGUGCUUCUUUAUCUAGCUCGUAUUAGCUCAUUGACUCAAUUCACUUCCUCUAUGCAAAGACAACCACCCAAACUAUCACAAUGGAUUCCCCAUUACCGGAACCAAUUACCACAACCCCUCGUCUAAUCAUCCGGCCUCUACAUCCCCAAGAUGCUCCAUCAAUGCAACUCCACGCCUCCCCAGCCUCAAUAGCAAAGUACAUGACGCUCGCCUUCCCACAUCCUUACACCCUCGACGAUGCACGGAACUGGAUCAGCCGCAACACCACACACCCACUCAAUAGCUUCACCAUCUGUCUGCGCACCGCGCCAACUAUCGCCAUCGGCGGAAUUAGUCUCAAGCCUGGUGAAGACGUCGAAACCCACAUUGCGGAAGUCGCGUUCUGGGUCGGCGAACCGUAUUGGGGGCAGGGGAUUACCACCGAGGCGUUGAAGGCGGUGACGGAGUGGGUGUUCCGGGAAAGAGGCGAGAGGUAUCGCAGGUUGUGGGCGCGCGUGUGUAGUGGAAAUUGGGGGAGUAUGCGGUGCUUCGAGAAGUGUGGGUAUAGGUUGGAGGGUGUGCUGAAAGGGCAUGUGGAAAAGCAUGGGGAGGUUAGGGAUGUGCAUAUUUAUGGAUUGACGAAGAGGGAUUGGGAGGGGAUUGUUGAGAACAGAGAGCAGGGGAAAGAUUGAGAGAGGAAGUAAUAUGCAGUGUAUCUCUUUUUGCAUUUCUUAGACGGACGAAGGGUAUUCUGUGAACAUAGACUUCAGUACAUGCAUAUGCAAUUGAGGCUACGUGCAAGCCAACUGGCUAGUCUUCGAGGAGUCCUAAACUCUUCAUGGUAGCGACCCUUGCCUCCCCACUUC